CUCUCUAGUAAAGUGCAUGAAAUGUACUAAUCUUAAGUGUACACUCAGUGAAUCCUCUCUUCCUCUCUCUCUGCCUCUGUCUCUCUCUUUUCUCUCUCUCUCUUUCUCUCCCCGCCACCAUAGCCACUACCCAGAUCAAAGUAUAAAGCACUUUUAGUACCCCAGAAGGUCCCCUUUAUCCCUUCAAAGUCAGUCUCCCCCAGAAGUAACCAUUAUUCUGAUCUCUAGCAACGUAAGAUUCAUUUCGCUUGUUCUUUAACUUCAUAUAAACGGAAUCAGCUGCUCUUUGUCUCUGACUUCUUUCUGGUAGCACUAUGUAAGUUUAUCCACGUGCAACACAGGUGUGUUCUCUUAUUGUUGUGUGGUAUUCCAUUGUAUGAACAUGCCACAUUUACCCAUUCUUUUCAUUGCUUUUCUGUUUGAAAUUUCCCCUCUCUUCCUGGUUCUCUUCCCACCUCCCUCCCUGUUUCCCUGGAACUAGGAGGCUCAUACCCUGUCCCUGGCCCCUGGGGUCCCUUUCACUCUACUUCUUAUCACCACUACUUUCUCCAGAUCCAAACAGCAAAGACCCAAGAACUGAAUAUGCUCCGGGAACAGACCACUGGGCUGGCAGCUGAGUUGCAGCAGCAGCAGGCUGAGUACGAGGACCUUAUGGGACAGAAAGAUGACCUCAACUCCCAGCUCCAGGAGUCAUUACGGGCCAAUAGUCGGCUGCUGGAACAACUUCAAGAAAUAGGGCAGGAGAAGGAGCAGUUGACCCAGGAACUACAGGAGGCUCGGAAGAGUGCUGAGAAGCGGAAGGCCAUGCUGGAUGAGCUAGCAAUGGAGACGCUGCAAGAGAAGUCCCAGCACAAGGAAGAGCUGGGAGCAGUUCGUCUACGGCAUGAGAAGGAGGUGCUGGGGGUGCGUGCCCGCUAUGAGCGUGAGCUCCGAGAGCUGCAUGAAGACAAGAAGCGUCAGGAGGAGGAGCUCCGUGGGCAGAUCCGGGAGGAGAAGGCCCGGACACGGGAGCUGGAGACUCUACAGCAGACAGUGGAAGAACUUCAAGCUCAGGUACACUCCAUGGAUGGAGCCAAGGGCUGGUUUGAACGGCGCUUGAAAGAAGCCGAGGAAUCCCUGCAGCAGCAGCAGCAGGAACAAGAGGAAGCCCUCAAGCAGUGUCGGGAGCAGCAUGCUGCCGAGCUGAAGGACAAGGAGGAGGAGCUACAGGAUGUGCGGGAUCAGCUGGAGCAGGCCCAGGGGGAGCGGGACUGCCACCUGAAGACCAUUAGCAGCCUGAAGCAGGAAGUGAAGGACACAGUGGAUGGUCAGAGGAUCCUGGAGAAGAAGGGCAGUGCUGCGCUCAAGGACCUCAAGCGGCAGCUGCAUUUGGAGCGGAAACGGGCAGAUAAGCUGCAGGAGCGGCUGCAGGACAUCCUCACUAAUAGCAAGAGCCGCUCAGGUGAGGGACCAGGACAGGGAGAGGAGGCUGAGGCAUGGGGGAGGCAGGGCCUGGGCCUGCAGGCUACAGGUCAGUCCUGCAUCUUCCUUAGCUGUGCUUUCCUGCUUCUGUCGCUCUGGAACUCCAUCUGUCUUUUACCUUUUCUCUGUCUCUCCUCUGA